GCGAAAUUGGCAAACCUUUUCCGCUAUAACAUAAAAGAAAAUUUCACUCACAACGAAUGCUAAAAUAAUUCAAAAAUCACGGAAAUUUUAAACCUAGUUUACUUUGAAACUCCAUUUUGUCAUGGAAACGUAUUCAGUAUCUAAACCCAAGGAAAACGUCAAUUAAUUGUAAUAAUGAGCUCGAAACGGGUCGUUACAACCUUCGUGAAAUACUCGGAACUAUUUAGUCGGUGUCCAAAGGAGCAGGUUAUGUACCUGCAGCAAGUCAAUGCGAAAGCCAAGUCCUAUGUUGAAAAAAUCAAUUCUCUUCCGGAGGAACUACCAAAAAUUGAUUGGGACUUUUAUAAGUCGAAAGUUCGACCAGAGUACGUGACAAUGGUGGAGGACUUCGAAAAGAAGUACACCGAGUUCCAAGUUCCUUAUCCAGAAAACGUCUAUGAGGAGGAGUUUGAAAAAAUGACGGAAGAAGUCAAGCAAGAGAUUUGCGAAUAUAAAGCAAAGUCCGAUGCUAGGAUUGAAGAUUAUGAGCGAAAAAUUUGCUAUUUGCAAGAAAUGGUGCCUUACGAUCAAAUGACUAUGGAUGAUUUCGUAGACGCCUUUCCCGAUGAAGCUCCAGAUUUCAUCAAGCGUCCAACAUUCUGGCCGCACACGCCAGACGAGCAAAUCAAGCCUAUGCCACCUGUUCCCAGUGAAGUUGAUCAUAAGGGAUCUAAAGAAAAAGAGCUAGAAAUGGAUUCGACAUAG